AUGCCGCACAGCGCACGACGCCAUAUCGCCGUCUCCCAGGGCCAGUGCGCUACUUGCGGCGCGCAACGCCUGCUCAAGUACGCGCACCGUACCAUGUGCUGCCGCUAUGCGUGCCUUAAGGCGGCUGCGGCGAAGCGGCGGGCGACGGUCCUGCUCUACGACGUGCCCGGCGUCUUCCACGCCGUCUUCAAGCCCACCGCCGGCUUCCACGACCCUCUGCACCCAGAGCUCACCGGCGCACGCCGUCCAGGAGCUGCCUCGGAGCCAGCGCUACCCCUGCCGCGUAGGCACCCCGAGUUCACCGACUCGCUUCACGAGUGGUUCUUCCGCUCCGGCCUCGACCACUUCGUCUGGAUCUUCGGCAUGCUCUGCGCCUACUCCUUCCCGUGGUACGACCGCCAGCUGCAGGCGAUCGAGGACUUGCCUUCGGGCAAGCGGGCCCUCGCCAAGGCGGCGGUCAUCGGCGGCGCCCUCGCCGUCGGCGGCUGGUACGUGCACACCUACUUCCUCUUCCUCCGCCCGAAGCGCGAGUACAACAAGGUGCACCCGUACACGUCGUGGAUCCCGAUCGCCGUCUUCCUCGUGCUGCGCAACGCGACCGCGGGCCUGCGCGCCCGGUACAUGCACCUCUUCACCUGGUGCGGCAAGGUGACGCUCGAGACGUACAUCCUGCAGUUCCACAUCUGGAUGAAGUCGACCGGCAUCAACGGCUCGCCCAAGUUCCUCAUGGUCUGGCUGCCCUCCUUUUGGCUCAACAUGGCCGUCGUCUCGGCCGUCUACUUCGUGCUCUCGUACCGCGUCUUCAAGAUCACCGUCGUGCUGCGCGACGUCGCCGUCCCGAAGGACAACCGCGGCAUCUUCGUCAACAGCGUCAUCAUGGCGGUUGCGACGGCCGCCUUCUACGCGGUGGGCGUCGCGCUAAAGGGCUAG